AUGGAUUUCUUGGCAAAGUUGCCCUCCCAAGAGGCCAGAAAACUAAAAGUACUAGAUCUCAGCUGCUGCAAAUCCUUAAAGAGAACACCUGAUUUAUCUACGUGGGUAUCCUUGGAGAGAUUGGUUUUUGAAGGCUGUUCCAACUUAAUUGAAAUUAACUCGUCCAUUGGUAAAUUAAAGCUCCUAACUUCUUUGAACUUGAGGGGAUGUAAGUCUCUUCGAGAGUUGCCUAAAGAAAUAGGAAGUCUACAAGCUUUGAUAGAGAUUGUCAUGCCUACUGCGCUACAUGAGCUUCCGGAGACGUUUGGUAAUUUGCAGUCACUGUUGACCCUCAAUGUAUCAUUUGGGGAGAUCAACAAAUUGCCAUACUCGAUUGGAGGGCUGGUGAAACUUACGCGGUUGUAUUUAUCCUGUAUAUACAUAAAGGAACUUCCAGAUUCGGUUGGGAAAUUACAAUCAUUAGUUGAGUUGGAUUUGUCAUGGACGAGAAUUCGUCACCUACCCGAUUCAAUCGGCAAUCUAAAGCAACUGAAGGUACUAAGGAUGAGAAGCAUAGAAGGGAUAACAAAAUUGCCGAGUGCGAUUGGGCUGGUGGAGAAGCUCGAAGAGUUGGAUGCAAGUGGUUGUCACAAUUUGACCGGUGAAAUCCCUGAAGAAAUUGGGAGACUGUCCCGUUUGAGGAUCCUAGACUUGUCAAGCACAUCUAUUUCCGGAUUACCCACCACGGUGAGUCACCUCUCUAAUCUCCAAAUACUUAAGCUAGGAAAAUGUCCCGAGCUGAAACAAUUGCCGGAGCUUCCCCCAAGUUUGACUUGGUUGAUAUGGAGCCCUUUUAAUUGCGACUAUUCCCGCUUGAUGGCCCUCAUCGUUCCCAUUAGAAUUGGUGCCCUAUCUCAACAGGGAACACUCGCCACCACUCUUCCCACUAGCAUCGGUACCCUAUCUCAUCUUAAAACACUAUCAUUGUCCUGCAAAUAUGUGCAAUUCCUCCCCCGGCUCCCGUCUAGUUUAAGAGAGUUAGAACUUCAGGAUCUGGCAACCACACGAUCACCGGAUUUUUCCAAUUUGAAAAACUUGUCAAUCUUGGAAUUCUAUCUAUGUUCGCUAAAACUCUCGAGUAUAUUUGAUGCGGAGUCGGAGGAACUCCAUGUGGAGCGCUGUAAGCUUAGAAGACUGGACUCCCCAUCACAGCCGGAAAUGAAAAGAUUGAGAUUAUUAAAGAUGGAGGAUUGUGAGUUCCUUCCAGAAGUACUUGAUCUGUCGCACAUGAAGAACCUACGCGAGAUCCGCUGCAUUCUUCGGCGGGUCGCCGCGGCCUCCACCCCUGCCUCCGCCUACGCCUCCGCCAUCAUCGCCUCUAGGAGCCCCAUCGGUGCUGGUUGGAAUAUGGCAACACCAAGUUUCGCACCAGAACUUGCAACUGACGGUAGUAAAAACCCGACAUUUCAAGAGAAGUCUGUGUUCACGCUCGUUGAAGGGCAUAGGGAGUUGAAUCUUGCGGUGUGGAACAGUAAUAUCCUCACUUUCGACGACUUCAGUAGCAGUGGAAAGUAA